AACCCUGGGGCCUGGCAAGGGCGUGGAGGGUUGUGGUGUGCUUCUGCGAGACUGAUGCGGGCACCACCCCGGCUCCGCCGGCCUCCAAGCCACCGGAGAGCACUGAGCCUGUGCUGACCGGGCCUGGCCUCCUGGAUGCUUAGCACUCAACCCUCUACCCGUCCCCAUUUGCAGAAGUGGAAUCAAAACUGGGGCUCGGCCCGGGAUCGAUGACCGGGACUCAGUCUACGCGGACGCCAGCGCAGCCUGCGGCAGCCGAGCCUCCUGCCCUCACAGGGCCUGGCCGGGUGCAUCAGAACAGGCUGUCUUAGGUCCCUAAAUUCGAGGCCCUGGCAAUGUGCCUAAUAUUGGGGUCCCUGAAUGGGGCCCUUGGGUCCCCAGGGAAACCCUGAGACCCUCAGAAUGGACAGCCUUGUGAAAUCACAAUUUCAUUCAAGUGGGCAAAUUGUGCCCACUGAGGCAUAGGAAAACAUAUAAUUUUGUAUUUAGAUGUGUUGCAAGUAUAAAGUGGCCUGGCUGAUACUGCAUGGAGCCUUAAUUUGCCUUCACCAGUUAUGACCUCAGUUUGUCUUGAGAUACUUGGCAAAGAAAUGUAUUGCAUUGUUGAGUGAUUGCUUAUUGCGUUACUGAAUAAUUGUAUUGGCGUUUAUAAAAAUAAGGGUGCUCAUAAUAGAAAUUGAGAAGGGGAGUACGGAGCUAUAUUUGACAUUUUCUGAUACACUUGCCCAGAACAAAUGUGUUUUUCAUUUGGAAUUUGAUACAGUCUCUAAUAAUUUUCUCUUUCCAUAAUUGUAGCGCCGCCCCCACCCGGCAAAACGUUUCAAAGGGUCAAGAAAAAAGACCAAAUGCCCUUGCCAACUGUAAUCCUACAUCUGUUUCUUGACAAUGCUGCAGCUAGAAUGAAGCACAUCAACUUGUCAUUUGCAGCGUGUGGAUUUCUGGGCAUUUACCACUUGGGGGCAGCAUCUGCACUUUGCAAACAUGGCAAAAAGCUUCUGAAGGAUGUCAAAGCCUUUGCUGGUGCUUCUGCGGGAUCCUUGGUUGCUUCUGUUCUGUUAACAGCACCAGAAAAAAUAGAGGAAUGUAGCCAAUUUACCUACAAGUUUGCUGAAGAAACCAGAAGGCAGUCUUUUGGGGCAGUAACACCUGGUUAUGACUUUAUGGCCCGACUAAGAAGUGGAAUGGAGUUGAUUCUUCCUUCCGAUGCUCACGAGCUGGCUCAGAACCGACUGCACGUAUCCAUCUCCAACACCAAAACCAGAGAAAAUUACUUAGUCUCCAAUUUUUCCUCCAGGGAGGACCUUAUUAAGGUCCUCCUAGCCAGCAGUUUUGUGCCCAUUUAUGCAGGACUGAAGCCAGUGGAAUACAAAGGGCAGAAGUGGGUGGAUGGAGGCCUCACCAACAGUCUUCCCAUCCUGCCCGUUGGCCGGACAGUGACCAUCUCCCCCUUCAGUGGACGACUGGACAUCUCCCCACAGGACAAAGGGUGUCUGGAUCUGUAUGUUAAUAUCGCCAAGCAGGAUAUCAUGCCACAUUGUGGACAUUCAGAUGAAGUAAAUAUACAUAUCUUGGUCAAUGUGAAACAUUUCAUGGGGGCUCAGGCCAUAAGAAACAUCCUGCCUAACCACCUGACCACAAAGCAGACAAAGUCCCAGCUAAAGAAACAUCCCUAUCAUAUCUUGCUCAGCAAAGGUCCAAGGAACAACACGAAGACAUCCCACCAGAACAAGGACCAGAACUACCUCAUCACAGGAACAUCUUAUCAAUAUCCUGCCGGGCAGCAAGUCAUAAUGCCCAAAACCCUCCCACCCAUACCUGUAAGUCCCCCCAGCCUGUAAGCAGCAGUGGGCUCUGGCAUUAAGCUUGCCCCCCACUUCUGUAGGUUUUAUGCUGGACACAAAGCCUGCAUUUGCUGUUGAGCUGCCCUCUUUCUGUGUGUGUGUCUUUCUUUAACCCUCGCCUUCCCUUCAAAACCUAAUAAUUAUAUUUGUAAAUUCU